AUGACUCCUGAAAAAAUAAAAUUUUCUGAUCUGACAUGCGGGCGACUAGAAGGCAGAUCGCCGCAGGGCAAACUGCGGCGCAACAAGCGCGACCUCGACAGGUUGUCAGUAACCGCCCAGUACGGAGGAAACCGUGGGCAUCGGGGCCACCGCGGCGGCCAGGGCCGGGGAGGCCGGGGCCAGCACCGCGGCCGGGGGCAUGGACAUGGCCAUGGUGGACGGGGCGGCGCUUACCGCGGCCCGGCGCACACCGUCGGACCUCGCCUGGCUGAAGCGGACGUCGGAAUCACGGAGUUCAUCAGCCAGCACGAAGGAUUUUCGGCUGUCAUGAAGCACAGAUUCUCUGAUUUUCAAGUGAAUGAAAUUGACAGCGAAGGCAACAUUGUGAAACUGACAUCCUUGGAGACACCAGUCGAAGGACAUGAAACUGCUGCGCCAGUGGAACGGCAUGAACUCAUACCACAAGAUAUUUGGGACAGAAUUAGUGUCAUGGUCAAGAAAUUCAAAGCCAGAGAAUACAAGAAAUGGGACCCAACAGCCUCUGAUGCUUCCUCAAGUAAAACUGUAAGAGCCAGUAGGAAACCUGACGAGCCUGCAGUUGAUGGAAAACCAUCUGAUCAACAUGAAAAAGUACUUGAUAACGAGCCUGAAUGUUCAUCAGUUGUAGAGACAGUUUCACCAUCUAAAAACGAAUUGGAUCUAUCCAAGGACAAACCCUGUUUGCCUGCUGAUUCAAAUCCGGAUCCUGGUGCAAGCAACUCCUCAGCAAUCAGAGAGGCCCGUCCGUGUGUUGAAUUUGAUGUUACUGCCCUGGACAAAGAUGGUAGACGUUCAGUUCAUACUUGUGUAAAAUCAGCUUUCAAAGAGAUAAACAGUAAUACUAAGGAAGUGGAUGGGAAAAAGUUUGUUAUCUUUACUGUGGGGAAAGGUGAGAAGGGGCAGAAUAGGGGAAAAUGGCCCUCAUCUCGAAAUGGAGAAUAUCUACAUUUUGUGGUUCACAAAAGAAACAUGGACACCACUGAGACCGUAAAUGUCAUGUCUCAAAAUCUCUGGGUGAAGGCCGGUGCUAUAACUUUUGCAGGCACAAAGGACAAACGUGGAAUCACAAGCCAACUUAUGUCCAUCAGACGAGGAGAGCCUCACCGUCUCUACAAAAUAAGCAAAGGCAUUCAUAAUGCGUACUUCGGAAAUUAUUGUUUUAAAGAAAAACCAUUGCGUUUAGGUGAUUUAAAAGGGAAUCAAUUCCGCAUUGUCCUAAGGCAUGUGGAUGGAUCUGAAGAACAAAUAAAAUCCGGGCUAGAGUCUUUGAAGAAAAAUGGUUUUAUUAAUUAUUAUGGUUUGCAAAGAUUUGGAACCAACAAGGCUGUUCCAACUCACAGAGUAGGGAAAGCUCUCCUUCUUGGAGAUUGGCAGAAGGCCAUUGAUCUAAUACUAGAACCUCGUGAAGGUAAUCCAAGCCUCAAAGUUGCAUUGGAGGAGUGGAAGUCAAGUAAAAAUGCUUCAGCUGCUCUGGAAAAAUUAGAUGGUCAAUCAUCAUGUCUAGAAAUCCUUCUGUUAAGAGGUCUCAUGAAGUAUGGGCCUAAAGAUUUUGUCAAUGCUUUGACAAUGAUUCCUUUGAAUACUCGUCUUAUGUACCUACAUUCAUAUCAAAGCUUGAUAUGGAAUAAAGGUGUAUCGUUCCGUCUAAGAGAAUUUGGCUUAAAACCAGUUGUAGGAGAUCUGGUGGUAGUAAAAUGGGAAAAAGAUGCCAAUGAGGACUCCAAUAGCAAUACAGAGAAUAGUGCCCCAUUAGAUUCUGAAGUGGCUGUUGCAGAAAGUGCUACAAGACAAGAAGUUAAGUGUAUAACUGAAGAAGACCUUAAUAACUAUAAAAUUACAGACAUUGUGUUGCCUCUUCCGGGGUAUGAUGUUGUGUACCCUAACAAUAGCGUGGGAAGUUAUAUGAAGGAUUUAUUGAAAGAUGACGGGCUGACAUCAGAAUCAAUGCAUCAACAAGUAAGGCAAUACUCAGUGAGGGGAACAUAUCGCCCAAUAAUCGCUCCAGUUGAUAAGUUAUCUUGGAAAAUUGUUCAUUACAAUGAUACUGAAGCAGAUUUCAUAGCAUCAGACUAUGAUGAAAUGAUGAAAGGAAGACAAUUUGCAAAAGAUAUCCCUGAUGGUAAACACAAGGCUCUUAUCAUCACCAUGUGCUUGGAGCCAUCAACUUAUGCCACAAUGGCUAUUAGGGAAGUUACAAAGAAAGAUACAUCAGCAGUGAUUCAAGCAUCAAUGUCUGCAGCACACUCUAUCAAGAAGGAAGAUGUCAGUGUAGUGAAGGUAGAAACUGUAAGUGAUUCAAAAGGGGAACCUGUCAGUGGUGUGGGAGAAGUCCCUGCCAGAGAUUUGAAAGAAGAGCCCACCAGUGAUUCAAAUGACGAACCUACUAGUGAUUCUAAAGAAGAACCUGCCAGUGAUGUUAAAGAAGAACCCAUGGUAGCAGAAAGUGUUAGCAUGGAAGUGAAUGGCAGUGAGGAUAGCACAGCAGUUUCAAUUGAGCAAAAUAGUAGUCUCAAGAGAAAAGGUGAUAAUAUUUCUGAAGAGACAGUUCCAGAGAAGAAACCUAAAGAGAAUUAAAUAUUUCUCAAAUAUGUUAAGCGGCAUUAAGUCUUUCAAAAUUUGACUUUGUAUACUUCUGACGAUUGCGCUGAAACCUUCAUAAUAAAUUCGCUGUGACUCAUUUUUUUUUUUUUUUAGAUCUUUCAAAUUGAUUUGUCUUGUUGUUUUUUCAGUGGACUUUAAAUAGUAUAUUUGACAAAAGUUGAAUAGCCAAGUUUAUUUUUUAGAAAAAUUAACAAUGAAUUUAAACUAAUAAAUAAUAAAUCUAAUUUAAGUGGAGAAGCCCAUGGCUACGAAAA